AUGAUUGCCCUCGUGGUAAUAGCAGUUGUUCUACUCGUCACGACGGAAGCGAAUUCUCAUCGUCCUCCUCCACCGGGUGGGGAGAGCGCCCCAGUGGGUGCGAUGCCUCGUGGCGGAAAUAGUGGAAAUAUGCAAAACAGUGGAGCUGGUAUGCCACCGACUCCUCGACCUGGAGACAAUCAGGAGCCACACGUAAAACCGGGCCAACAACAGCCGCCACCAUCAGGAUAA